CCAGCCCGACCGGAACUUCCGGCUCCGAUUGCUUGGGUCUUAGGUUGACGGGGUGGGGCCGGCGGAGUCGGGAUGGUUCUGCUGGAGAGUGAGCAGUUCCUGACGGAGCUAACCAGGCUCUUUCAGAAGUGCCGAUUGUCGGGCAGCGUGUUCAUCACCCUGAAGAAGUAUGAUGGCCGAACUAAACCCAUCCCGAGGAAAGGUUCUGUGGAGGGCUUUGAGCCCUCAGACAACAAGUGUCUGUUAAGAGCUACUGAUGGGAAAAAGAAGAUCAGCACAGUGGUGAGCUCCAAAGAAGUGAAUAAGUUUCAGAUGGCUUAUUCAAACCUGUUGAGAGCUAACAUGGAUGGGCUGAAGAAGAGGGACAAAAAGAGCAAGAGUAAGAAGAGCAAAGCAGCACAGUGAAGAGUACGAUUCCCUGUUUUCACCAACUGACCACUGAAUUGCUAUUUUUCCUCUGGUUUUUACUUUUGGCCACAAAGCUAGGUUUCUAACUCCCCUGCGUUAACUGUUUUCAUGUGAGAUUAGGGUCAUUCGGAUGGAAGAAGAGCUGUGAUGUUUACAGUGUGGCUGUGAGAAGCCACUUUACUUUUAGCCUGGCUGACUAGUCUGUGUUGCAGAGCUGUGUACCCCCGGGUUAUGUUUAAAGUCUCUGCAGCCACCUGCGUGAAGAGCAACGUAUUAUUAAACCUGCCUAUUUAUCA